AUGGCUGCCGCCAAUUUGCAUCCAUUGGAUGCCUUCCUAUUUGGAGCAGGUGGACUUGGGCAAGGACAGCGGGCCAACUGGCAGGGGAACCACCUUCGGGUUUCCCGCCCUCCCGGCCGGGGAGCGACCUUCGGUCGCACCUUCGACCGCUGCUCCCUGGCCAAGGAGAUGUCCGCCCUGGGCGUUCCCCGCGACCAGCUGGCCCGCUGGACCUGCAUUGCCCAGCACGAGAGUGGCUUCCGCACCGACGUGGUGGGCGCCACCAACUCGAACGGCUCCAACGACUAUGGCAUCUUCCAGAUCAACAACUACUACUGGUGCGCUCCCCCCAGCGGUCGCUUCUCCUACAACGAGUGCGGCCUGAGCUGCAACGCCCUCCUCACCGACGACAUCACCCACUCCGUCCGCUGCGCCCAGAAGGUCCUCAGCCAGCAGGGCUGGUCCGCCUGGUCCACCUGGCACUUCUGCAGCGGCUCCCUGCCCUCCAUCGACAGCUGCUUCUAAAUGGAUUUCGAGCUUAAAUAAAAUAGAUUUUAUGAAAUGAGUAA